AUGGGGUCAGAAAUUCACACAAAGAUCCCCUACAUCGAGACGCCACUCAUCAAAUCACACACUCUCUCAGAAGUAGCUGGCUGCAAUGUCUUCCUCAAGCUGGAGAACCUCCAGCCCUCAGGGUCCUUCAAGUCUCGUGGCAUAGGCAAUUACAUGGUGGCCAAGCUUGCCGCUCAAGGAGCAGACACUUCCAAGGUCCAUUUCUAUUGCUCGUCUGGAGGCAACGCCGGGUUGGCUUGUGUCCACGCCGCCAUCACCUUGGGGUGCCGGGCCACCAUUGUCGUCCCGCUAUCGACAUCGGCUUACAUGAUUGACAAGCUGCGGCAGGCCGGUGCGACAGACGUUGUUCAAAAGGGGGCCUCGUGGCAAGAAGCAGAUGACUACUUGACUGGCACUCUCAUGGAGGAAGCCCGUUCCAAGGGAGAUGUUGCCAUCUAUGUGCCUCCAUUCAAUGCCCAGGAGAUUUGGGACGGCGCCGCGGGCAUCUCGCACGAGAUAGCAAGGCAAAUCCCCACCAUGACUAAACAUUACCCGGUGUCCAUUGAUGGCGUAUCAGAUGAUGAUGCCACGGCACGCAUAGGCAAUGUCGAUGCUAUUAUCUGCAGUGUCGGCGGAGGUGGCCUCUUGUCCGGUGUCGUCCAGGGUCUCGAUGACCUCUCCAUGCAACAGACUCGAGUCAUUGCCGUUGAAACACUCGGAGCAGACUCGCUCCAUCAGGCGGUCCAAAAGGGCGAGCUGAUUACUUUACCCGCCAUCACUAGCCUUGCCACCACCCUGGGCGCGAGAAGGGUCUGCCAAAGGGCCUUCGAGUACGGCCUCCGUGAGCAGGUCUCAACUGUGGUGCUCUCCGAUGCCGAAGCUAUUGCCGCCUGUAAGCGGUUCGCUAGCGAGGAGCGCUUCCUCGUCGAGUUGUCGUGUGGAGUCGUUCCCGCAGUGGUGUACAGCGGCCGGAUGAAGGAGUUGAUUCCCGGACUCAACAAGAAUAGUGUGGUCGUGCUUGUGAUAUGUGGUGGAUGCAAUAUUUCGUACGAAAUACUUGAGCAAUACAUCGCAAGCCAAUCAUCGGCAACCACAAGCUGA